AUGAAAUCACCGCUCCCAGAAUAUCUCAAGCACGUCCUAACCCAGUGCAAACAGGACAGCGGCCAGACGGCACAGUACAUCCCCGAGCUGGCCUCGGCCAACCCGGACCACCUGGGUGUCGCACUAUGCACGAUCGACGGCGACAUGUACGCUGCAGGCGAUACAGAGGUCGAGUUUGCCAUCGAGUCCAUCUCCAAGGCGUUUGUGUAUGCGAUCGCUCUAGAGGACAGGGGGUUUGACGGCGUGGCCAAAAAGGUCGGCGUCGAGCCCUCUGGAGACCCCUUCAACCAGCUCUCGCUCGAUCCCAAGACGGGCCGUCCAGACAACCCGCUCAUCAACGCCGGUGCCAUCACCACACAUACGCUCGUGAACGGGAAAACACCACAGGACAGGUACGACCGCGUCGCUGACGUCCUGUCGCGCUGCGCAGGCCGCAAGCUGCGUGUCAUGGAGGACGUGUACUCGUCCGAAAUGAAGACGGCAGACCGUAACCGCGCACUCGCAUACAUGCUCCACAUGACCGGCAUCAUCGAAGGCGACCCCAUGGCUGCGGUCGAGUACUAUACCCGCCAGUGCUCGCUCGCUGUGACAGCCAAGGACCUGGCAGUCAUGACGGCCACGUUGGCAAACCGCGGCAGGCAACCGGUCACAAAGGAACAGAUCUUUUCGCCAGACGUCAUGGUCCGCGUCCAGAGCGUCAUGCUCACCUGUGGGAUGUACGACUAUGCCGGUGACUGGGUCACUGCAGUGGGCAUCCCCUCCAAGAGCGGCGUGGGCGGUGGCAUCAUCGGAUCGCUACCUGGCCAAGUGGGCAUUGCGACGUUUUCGCCGCAGCUCGAGGAACACGGAAACUCGUACCGUGGCAUCAAGAUCUUUGAGCACAUGUCCGACAAGAUGGGUUUACACCUCCUCAAGGUCGUCCCGCCUUCCCAGUCUGCUGUGCGUCGCGACAAGACAGUCAAGCUACCGUCUCGUCCAGGCCACCCUGCCAACCUCCGUGUCGUCGCGGUGCAGGGUGCUGUAAAUUUUGUAGCCGCCGAGCACGUCUCACGACACUUGGUCAGCAUUCAACCAAAAGACGACGUCGGAAUCGUCCUCGAUCUUCGCGCUGUCACGAUGAUGUACGAUGUGGGCAAGAUGCUGUUGGCCGACACUGUGGAGGGGCUCAUAGCCGACGGACACAAGGUCGCCUUGAUCGAUCCAGACGGAGUACUACCCAAGGACAAGAUGGGCGCUGCUGACCGUCCUGGUACACUCAAGGAACUCUUGCCACAGGGUGCAGUGGCUGGGGAGAACCAGUUGGGAGAGUUUUAG